AUGAUCGAUGACAAUCAGCGUUUGAAGGUGAGAAGCUGGAGGGCACCCGCAAUUAACCACACCUCGAAAGAAGCUCUCUCUGUGACUACCGAGCCAAACUCUCGCAACCGCCGGCCGCAAAGUAACGAUGCUGACUUCGUAGGGAUGUGUAAUGGACGACUGACUGUGUUACUAGCGGCCCAGGGUAGUGGACGAUGCGAGCCAUCCAAACAAGAACUACGCAAUCAUGCCACCCGUAGACGCCACGGGCACUACCUGUACAUUGCCGAGAGCCUGCCCUUAUCGCCAGAGACUCUCGCCGCCAUAUCAUAAUGUCGCCUCGUAACAAUGGAUACAUAAACUUUUCAGCUGCCUCCACCACUGAAUGAUUUUUUUUUCAGUUCCUCUUGUCACCGGCAUGUCCGGGCCCUUAUCGAUGUAUCAAAUAAC